AUGGAGCGUCCGGCUCUGCAGCUGCAGGACCUUAAGGAGCUACAGAAGCAACAUAACCAGCAGAUGCAGGAGGCGCAGCAGCAGCAGCAGCAGCAGCGACAGCAACGACCACUAGGCGUAACAGGACUGGGAGGUCUUGCGCAAGGAGCAGGAGCAGCCGAGUCGACGACCCUCAACAACGGCGGCGAGCGUCCUGUUCGGGAGUUCAACUACAACGGACGAGUCCGCAACAGUGAACGAGCCAGUACGGAGGAGGAGGAGGCGGGGGCGGGGGAGGAGGGGCCCGAGGCUCGGUUCCAACUGGCGCCGGAGAUGGAGGGGCAGCACCUCCACCAACGCACCCACCGCCGCUACCACCCGCGACGUAUCCCCAUGAUGGAGAUGGUGACACCGCAGGCGCCGGGGACGGCGGGCACCGCGGGAACCGCUAACACGGCCGGGACGGAUGCCACGGCCGUCGCCGGGACCGAGCCUUCGGUGAAGCGGCAGCCUUCGCAGCAGCAAGUGCGGCAUCCGCCACCGACGUACGCCCCAUCGCAGGAUCCGUACAGUCGCGUGAGGUUCGCGGACGAGGAGCGGCGGCGGGAGGAGGCAGCGGCGGCGAGGGCCAGGGCGGGCCAUCCUUCUGGACAGAUCGACAUGGCGCAGAUCGCGGGCGGGCAUAGCAUGCGCGCCCUCUGGGUAUUUGCGUGUUGUGCCUUCUUCUGGUAUCGGUGUUUGAUGGACGAGGACUUUUGA